AGGGCGAGAGGGGCGCGAGGCGCGUGUCGUCGUACAGCGAGUGAGCGAGUCAGUUCAGUCAGUUCGAGUUCGGCGCGCGGUCGGUUUGUCUCGUCGCCCUGUCGCUUCGCGGGCGCGCGCGCGCGCGCGAGUAAGUAAUCAACUCUUCUCUCCUCGCCAGUCGCCAGUGCGUUCUUCUCGCGCUCGCGCGGCAUUGUGCCUCUCGCCGAUCGUUCACCUUGGUCGUCUGUCCGUCCGUCCGUCCGGCCGUUCGCACGUCGCGCAGAAUCGCGGUCACCGGGUCGAAUUUCGAGAAACGGGUCUCGUCGUACGACGCACGCACACGCACGUACGCACACACGGUUGUUUCCGCAGCAUCGAGAUGCGUAGGAAGACGGCCGUGACGACAGCAUCGGCAGGAGGAUCGUCGAUCGCGCCGCGCGUCAUCUCCGUCAUCUCCGUCAUCUCGUGAGGCGGUGGAGCCGGAAGCUGCCCUUGGACCCGGAACCGGCGAAAAAUGAGGUGUCCGGUAAGUAAGGGCGUGCAGUAACGAGGAUGAUAAGAAGCUGCUUGAAAACUGCAGAACGCGAUCCAUCGUGUCGUGACUGAAAGUGAUUUCGCGAAGGGGUUAAGCGACGACGAUCCAUCUAAUCGGCGAGCGUCGACUAUCGGGGAAAUUGAUCGAUCAUCGCGACGUGAGAGACUAAAGACCGCGCGCGGAAAAAGGAACUCUCGUUCGGUGGAGAUCAUGGUGUGACUCGUGUGCGAUAGAGAGAAUCCCUCGGGAAGAUCGGCGAAGUUGUCCGGUGGUUGUGUGAUUCCGGUAGUGGUCGGUUGUAGUGCCGGUGGUGGUUCUUGAUACGAUAGCUGCGAGUCUGAGCCCGUUGGCGCUUAGGCCUCUCCUUCGUCGGUUUACUCAUGCUGGGAGUGCUGAAGCGGCGCUGGAAGCCAUCGAAAAGGGCUUCCAGCGGCCGCGGACCCGAUUCACCCCUCAGCUCGGAUCUGGCACUUGACAAGCCUCGCCCCAUACCAUCCCCCAGACAAAUCCACCCCCUGUACGGGGAGAAAGCCGGCCUUUUGGGUUACUGCGACACGGUCGGUAACACGGAGAAUUUUCCACCAGCCCCCAACAUCGUUGUCGAGGGUGGCAGAAUCGAAUUCGUGCGCCCCUCGCAAGAUGGCACAACGACACCCCGAAGAAACACCAUGUCCAGAGCUUCGCAGACCUUCAACGAACAGCAGGAGAAGUCCGAUCCCGCCAAGGAGAGCCUAGAGGAGCGAGUGCAAGAGCUGGAGCAAGCAUUGCUGGCGGAACGUAUUGCAGCUCAACGAGAUCGAGCGACGAUCACGAAGUUACAGCGGCAGAUCAACAAGAGGGAGGCCACGCAACGAGAUGUGGAACGAGAACGCCGGCAGCGAAUGGAGGCCGAAGCUCGAGUACGCGAGGCUACGGCUGAGGCUGAAAGAGCACGCUCGAGAGUCCAUCAUCUUCAGAGAGAACUGGCCAGAAUGGAGGAGUCAUCGCGGAGUCUGCUGCAACAGAAACACCGGGCCGAACAGCUGAAGCAGGAGAAAACGGCGCUCACCCUGUCCUACGAAGCGCGCGUGCACCAGUACCAGGCGCAGAUAUCGAAGCUGCAGCUGGAGAACGAGUCGAUGCGUGGUCAGCUGCGCGGUCUAGAGGCAGCAUGCGCCGGUGAAGUGCACGCCGCGCUGGUGGCACGUUUGGCGACCCUCGAGACGGAGCACGCGGCCCUGGCACGGGACGCCGACGCCCAGCGUCGGCAAUACGAGCGGUGCCUGGACGACGUCGCCAACCAGGUGGUCCGCGCUCUCCUAUCCCAAAAGGGUCUCAGGGAAGAAAUAGGCGCAUUGCAGAGACGUAUACGAGAGCUUGAGGCUCAAAAUCGAGCAUUAUCGGGACUUUUGGCGCAGGCUGCCAGUCCUGGAAGCCCGACCGAACUUAUCCAAGGAAUCAUCGAGGCUGGUCCAGCCGCUCUGGUUGCCGCUUUGGGUCUAGACCCUGCGUGGGUUCCCCUCUCGAGGCCGCGUUCCCUCAACUUGCAGAUACCCGUGAUGGCAACCACUAAGUGCCGACGCAGCAGACCUCUUGCGCAAAAACCGUCGGAAGAGGAGGGCAGCGAGAGUCCGGAGAGCGGUAAUCGCGACGAGGGCUACUCGACCAUGUCGAGCGACGUCCAGGGUGAGGGCACGCGUCAGGAACCGUCGGCGCGCGGCCUCGAAGAUCUGAAGGAGGCCACCGACGAGACCGAGGCCGACGUGUCACCGGAUGCGCGUCUCGUCGCCCUCGACGUCGGCGAUCCGGAUGUUCUCUUCCUACCUCUGAAUCUCACCGUGGGCAUCAAUCCGCGCCACAGCUAUCCGCCGACUAAGGAUCUGCUGCCCUAUCAGCAUGUGAUGCGCAGCUUUUCGGACAGCCACCUCUGUCUCAAGCUUACCACCACUACCAAUUUUACACCGUACAAAUUGCCUAGCCCCAUGGGAUCAUCUUCCCUCUUGUUGGUAGAAGAAGAGGGUUGGGACGCCGAGUACGUGCAACAAUGGCUUAGGCUCGACGACAGUAGAAGCGCGCAACAGCACCGAGAUCUGCUCGAAUUGGAGUACGACAGGGCGGAGCUGGAGGAUUGGAGUUUCUCCCUGUCCACGGAAGACCUCGUACAAAAUGAAUCCGCAAUGUGGAAGGAGCAACCAGCUACUACAAACACGCCCGCCCUGCCGGCAAUCAAGGAGCAUAAUCUCCUGGAAUUGGAGGAGGACGCGAACGAGUGUCUGUGGAAUGGCGCGAGCUAUCUCGCCGAUAGGGCUGGAGGAGAGCUGGUUGCGCUUUUAAUGGACGCGAGAGCGACCGGACCCUGGCCGUACGCCUCGAGUCCCGGUGCGUCGUGGAGCAGCGAGGAAGGUGGCCUGGAAAACUCGAGUAAGCGUUCGUCGGCGGCGCUCUCCGGCUGUAGUGACGAUCCCGAUACUCCGUCAAUCGGCACGGACUUCACCAGAGAUUUUUACCGGCUAGUAAAGUUCGAGAGUACCAAGAGCCUGGCGAGCACAUCGUCCAGGAGUGGUAGACCGCCACCGGAUAGGGAACAAGCGCUUCAAAGCGUCCUGUCUUUCAUCGCUGAACAACAGAUGUACCUCGCGGAGUUACCAAACAAUCCCGUAGAAUCGCAGAACGCGUCUCACUCGACCGAAGAAGUGGGCCUUAGCAAAAAUGAUUCCACGGGGGAGACGAAGAUAGCGGAGGUAGAAGGAUCAUCCAUUCAGGAAGGCAGUCCCGGAAACGCGAUCGAAACGAGCUGCAACGACGAGCUGCUCGAUCAGAUACAGGUACCACCGUUGGCAUCCGAGGAGAGAAUUGUAAGCGCCGUGUCGUGUAACGGCGGUAUCACGUAUACUACAGUAACUCCAUCAGAAUUGGGAGCCGUUCCCGAGGAGGACGAAGAAGCCGCAACUUCCUCUACGCCUAGUACGGUUGUCAGCCCGGCACGAGCAACGCUUCUCGUGGAGGGCAGAGAUCGAUCAUUGAGCUUCCAUGAGCGCGCCACGUCCAAGGAUGUUAUAGACGAAUUAAACCGCAUGAUUCGGAAGGGUGAGGAUAAUACUACCACUAACAUCGCUAACAACGAUUCGCAAGUACAGCUGGAGAAAUUAGAUCUCGCUUGCUGUUGUCCUACAGGAUGGGUUCACGUUGAACGUGAUAUUGACUUCACCGACCCUAAGGCCAGAGCCAACCUCUUAGACGUGAUGUUAGCGAGCAGCGAAAGUUCCUCAGCGACAUCGAGCAGCGGUUCGGCGGGUAGCGAUUCAGGGGAUGAACCACCUGAUUACCGACACUUGCAUAGAUUACACCGGUACCGACGGCAAAAGAAAGCGUCGGCGGCCCAGGCGCAUCGCGUUCUCCGGCUGCCGUCCUCCUGGGGCUCGUCCCGGCCGUCGAUCAUCGGCCGCGGUGACGACUUCUUCGUGCGCUACGGGGACAAGGAGCGCGAGGCGGUGGCCUCGUUCGACUUCCUCGACGAGUUUGUCGUGGCGGCGACAACAACGACGGCGGUGGGACCCUCCUCGCUCGGCUCGGACAGCAGCCCCCUCGACCUGGACGAUGACGUACCGUCCGCCGAUCUCAACAGCGACAUCAUGAAGCUCUCGUCGCUCUAGGAACAACGGCGACGGCGGAUUGAUUUUACAAAACGCGUGGAAAUUUUUGUCUGAACGCGAGCUCUUCCCGGCUGGUGAAACACGAUGUCUUGGUUUUAUCGAUUUAGUCGGGAAAUCUAAUUUUGUUUUAUUCCCUUUUUAACGAAUUGUUUUUAAUACAUUACAUUUUUAAAUGUAGAGAUGGUUUUAAAUCGAAAUUAUAAUUUUAAAUUGCUUGUCUUCGAAGUCGAAAAAAUAUGUAUGUAAGUUUCGCAUCCGCUGGGAAAAGUCCCGCGAGUUGACUAAACGCGACACAUCGUCAAAUAUUCUUCCCAAUCACGCUAAUUAUAGCAAAUCAAAACGGCGAGUUCUACUUAAACGUCUGAUUCUAUAUCCAUUAUGCAACAAAAGGUAAAUAAGGUUUCGUCAAAGAUCGAUUAUUUUGUAAUCAUGUGAGAAAUGUCACAUUAGGUCAAUGUCGCUCGUCAGCCUCUCACGAUGAACGAAGAGAGAACGAUUUGUACAUUACCUUCUUAUACAUCCUCGAUGCUGCGGUUCGAGUUUUGAAAUCUUACAGUCCUGACGUUUUAUCACUAAGUAAUUGGGAAAACUCGAAGUGUCACGUCGAAGAUAGAUUUAUAGUCUGAGACAAGAACUUGUCUUGUCUCUUUUUCUCUGCGAGCUUCCUCUUACUCGAGAUAUAAAUAACGCACUGUGGUACAGUCGAAGGUGAAGUUGAUCAACUAGAAUAAGUUGGCCCGAGCUAGAUACAAACUGCAUCCAGAUUUGAUCCCAGAUUGUUCCUGGCUAGAGCCUGCCUGUAUCAAGUCAAAUAGAACAGCGAUAUCUUUUUCAGCGUAAAGCUACAUGAAUUUUGAGUUACAUUUGCACUAUACUUCGAUGCGAACUUCCUAAACGAAAAGGAUCUACUAAUGGGUAUGUGCGGAUAAGUAUUAAUCAAAGAAUUAGCGAUAAGGAUAUGUAAGCAGUAGUCGACCUGUUGUGACACUAAAGUAGCGUGUGCGACGAGCACGGAUUGCCACGAUUGGAAGGCUCUCGUACCGGAAUGAACGCACACUCACGACAUGGACGUAGAUAUAACUCAUCCUCAUGGUCUUUUUACAAAUAUUUCGGUAAAUUGUAUACGAUUGUUGUAAAAAGUAAGAUCUUCGAUGGCUUGAAAAUUAAAUAGCAACAUUCUCUUAGCAAGUAUUAGAUUUAUCGAAAAAUGUGUACGUUCCAAUUAAGUUUAUAAAUUAAUUAAGAAAUCGGCUUCACGAUUGUAUUUAACUUUUGAAGACUUAAUAGUAAUGGAAUCAUCAUCGCGACUCGCAGAGGGUCGCGCAUGGUAUUUUUGGGGAUACAUCACAUCCACCAUCUCAUAACAUCCAACACUUCUCUCACCAUCACAUCAUACCAACACGAUAACAACAACGGCACGUUAUCCCAUAAAUGUAAAGUUAAUUUAAUACUGGAAACUUUUAAAAUUGAGAAUUUUUUAUUAAAUAAUUAACUCUAUCGGAGAUCUUGCACUUGAUUAAAAGAAACAUUAUUCCAUCGAGAACGCAUUUUAAACAAUAUGAAGUAUUAUUGAAUCAUAACUUCGAAACGCAUCACGGCACGAUCACCUUCCAAAGUGAGCUUAGAGAGCAUAGAUUAAGAGGUACUCAUCGAUUUUUUAUGAACCGCUAGAUAUUUUAUACUCCCCCCCCCUUCCACCCUUUCCUACCCUCCAGUCUCGUCAUUAGUCGUCAAUGAGCGUCAAGAGCCGCGAAUAUCGUUAAUUGACAAUUCGAUCCACGCGUGAUGAACUAUUUUCUUCUGUCCUUAGAGAUAAGAACGUAAACGAGCCUGUACAUUUUGCUUCCGAACUUUGUAACAUAGUAGAUUGUGAGGGAGAGAAAGAGAGAGCAAAAGAGCGAGAGAGAGGAAGAGAGUGAGAGAGAUUUUUCGUGCGUAAAGAAAUAACGAUUACUUUGUUGCGUGAACGAAGAUAGGGAGUCACUUCAGCGUAAUUUGUACGAAAUUCGUCGCUCCGGAACGAGCGAAUUUCUGAGUAACGCGUUUGAUCGGAUUAUAGGCGUAAAUAUCAUUAGCGUACAUAAAUUUAAGAUACUGAGUCGAUAGGGGUCGAGAUAUUUUACACGUAGCUGUAUACCCGCAUGACGAGGUUCAAUAUUCGAGGUGGAGAGGCUGCACGGACGUUAAAAGUUGCCCCGCAUUUGCUCGCGUUGCUGCUGUUCUAGUCAAGCAAGUGAGACCACGAUUUUUUUUACAAUCUUGAUAGCCUGAUCGCGUUUAUCAACUCUAUACUACAUCAUCGUACUCGUUAUUCAUAGAGCAGGCACUGAUUUAUACUAGAAAUGUAGUCUGAAUAAUUUGGGAAAUAUGUUUAAGCCGGAUAAUCUCGCAGAUUUUUUAAAUGUAACAUCAUCUUUUCUCGGACAGCGAUUCGCGAAAAUUUGAGAAUAGCUUUAGAAAUAUUUAAUUAUGAUCUUUGUGAUACGUUAAUGAUAUUUUAUAUCGUCACGAUCGUAUUUAAGGUAAGACAGUGGAUAAAUAUCAAACGAUUAAAUUAUACAUAUAUAUUUCACUGUUAUUAUUUAUUAAAUAAUAAUAUGGAUCUAAUAAGUGAUGAUGAGAUAUCAUUAACAGUUAACGUAAAAAGAAAUUUUCUAAUUUAUAUCAUGCCGUACAGGGUUAAUUAGUGCUAAUAGUGAUGAUCUUAAAAGAUUAUUUCCGCUGUCGCUAUACUAAUCCCAAUCGAGUGACCGUAAUUUAUUUCAGUAUUUAUUUUAAUUAUAAUGCUAAACUGAUUGUGGAGGAGUAAAACUCCUUUCUCGAAGAAACAACUUUCGUCCUGCAGCCUGAAAAUAAUAGACUAACGACAUAGCUUUAAGAUGUUUGUAAGUUCUACACAUUGGGGACAGCAGUGUCUCUACCUUUAUUCCCGGUCGCAGAAGCAGCGAAGUCAAACGAUAAUCACGUGAAAUGAGACUUGCUGAACGACGAUGUACAUAGUAUGUAUCAUAGCUCAAUGCAAAUGUAAGUUAUCCUCUCUUGAACUUAAUAAAUAACGACAAUAUAUGAACGUAAAAAGAAAAA